GAUCAUAUAACCGGUGUUGUGACUGUUGAUUAUUGAAUUAAUCCGUAUAGUUAAAGGAAUCAGUGAUGCUAAUGAAUAUUAAUAAUUUCAUGGGAACAGUUAUACCAAAAACAUCAACACCAACGAAAGAGUUAACUAGAUCCGAUUAUACCGAUGAAUCAGCUGAUCACAGUAUGAUUAAGUCAGAUUUAUUGAAUUCUUUCUCAAACAUUGGUCAUAAUAGUAACAGAUCAAUUUUAGAAGAUAGUAAAACAGAAACUUCAGUCGAAUGCUUGUCAAAUGAUGAAUCUUAUCAUAAAACGAAUAGUUCACCUAUGAAUUACGAUAGUAUGGAAUGUUUACAAGGUUAUACACUUGUUAACAAUCGAGAUCUAGAGUCAAAUGAAUUGAAAAUGCGACUUCUAGCUACCCUAGCUGAUAUGAUUCCACAUGAUGAAAGUUUAAGUUUACGUUUACUAAUGAGUUAUACAAUUGAUGAUCAAGAAAGUGAAUGUGUUGUUAUUGAUGAAACAUUGUGCCGAGGAGGAAAGCGUAAUGAAGUCAAGAAUUCUAAUUAUCAAAAUUCUUUAGGCCAAUCAAAAAAUGACAAUGGAAUUCACGAAAUAAAACACAAUGAAAAAAAACCCGACCUAAGCACAAUAUUUUCAACUAUACAACAAAGCACUGUUAAUGAAACUAAUGCAUUGGAUUUGUCUGUGCAUAAUGAAACAUUUGAUUCUAUGGACUAUCAGUCAGAUUCUUUAGGUACAACGUCAACAAAACAAGACCAAAAGUCACAAAUGAUUAUUGAUGGUAUAAUUAAUGAAACAAAAUCAUUAACCAAUACAUGUUGUAUACCAUUGAGUUUAUUAUCCUCUAAUCUGGUACAAUCCAGUUUGAAUGCUGCUACAAAAGUUUUAGAUUCAGUGGUGAACACAACAUCUACAAAUAAUUCAAUUGGUCAAAUUCCAUUACUUGAUACAUCAUCUAUAUUAGCCUUACUGCCCUUGUUACAACAGCAACAACAACAACAACAACAAUAUCAACAAGUACAACAAAAUCAACAAAAUACAAAUAAUUUAACAUAUCAAAAUAUCUUAAAUCCAAAUUCAUUGUCACUUAUUCCUGCCACUAUUCCUACUUCAGUAACAACAUUAAGUACAACAAAAUCAAGUCCUAUCACUUUUAAUUAUACAGGUAUGUCGACAAAUGCUAAUUUGCUAUUCAAUCAAUUAUAUCCGCCACAAUUGCAACAAAGUAUUCAACAAACGAAUAACUUACUUACAUCACAUUUGAGUAGUAUAUUACCAAAACAAACAGAAACAACAACAACAACGACAACAGCAUCAGCUUUAACAUCAAUUCCAAAUACAAUCACAAGCUCAUUGACAAAUAACAUUGUUAAUAAUCAGUCACUUUUAAAUACAGCAUCUGUUAUAGGAUUUCCAUUAUACAAUCCAUUUUCAAUUCAUACUAAUACUAGUACUAGUACUAGUAGUAUCAUCAAUAACAACAGUAAUAGUAUUGAUCAAAUUAAUGCAUUCUUAUCAUCUACACCAAUUCUAGGAACAUCAUCAACAUCAACAUCAACAUCUACAGUUUCACAAGCAUUACUAACACAACCACCAUCAACGUUUUCAUCCUCUUCAUCGAAUAUUGCACCAAUCAGUUUAGAAUCGACCAAUACCACGACUACAUUAUUCAAUGUGAAAGAUAAGCAAACAGGUUUGAUUGAAACUGUGGGCAUAAUGCCAGGUAUGAAAAAUGUAAAUCCACCAAUUGCAUCAUUAAUUAAUCAAUUAACUCUUAAUGCUUCAUCGAAUAGUAAUAAUAAUAAUAAUAACGUUAAUAACAUUUCACUUAAAACACUUUCUACAUUAUCACAAUUGUUCAAUAGUAAUCUUCUUACUACAAUAUCUACUCAUAAUGCUACUACUAAUAAUAAUUUUAUUAGUAAUAACAUAACUUCUACAAAUUUCAAUAUAGCUAAUAAUCUAACCAUACCAACAGUAAUAAAUGCAAAUACUACUACUACUAAUAAUAAUAAUCCUACUUCAAUAGGCAAUGGAACAGUCAAUAAUAAUGAACUAAUAACACUGGAUAAAACACAUACAAAAUUAUCUUCAAGUUCAAGUAAAGUAUCGAAUCGUUCUAGUCCAUUAUAUUCAUCGAAUAAUCAUUCAACAGAUAAAAUUUCAAAAUUAAAUUCAGCCAAAAAUCCCAAAAUUGAAAAUGUAAAAUCAUCAAUACAACAAAAUCAACAACUGAAUACCACCACCACCACUAGUAAUACGGCUACAACUAAUAGUAAUUUAUUAUUUGGCAGAAGAUUAGUACUUAGUCGUCGUUUUAUUUGUAAUCAAUGUCGUCGUAAUUUUUCUUCAUUAGCUGAAUUAAAUCGACAUACAAUUGAAGCGCAUAAUUCAUUUCGUUGUACAAUUUGUUCAGCACAUUUUACACAAAGAUCUAAUCUACAAAGACAUUCAUUGAAACAUGUUGGUUUUAAACCAUUUACAUGUAAUCUAUGCAAAAAAGAAUAUUAUCGUAAAGAUCAUCUAGUUAGACAUAUUGAAGUAACACAUCCAACUCAUGAUCCUAAAUUGAAUAUUACUGUUCAUUUAACAUCAUCCGAAUGUUUAGAUUAUUUGGAUAGAUUACAAGCUGGAAAACAAUCACAAUCACCAUUAAUACAUCAUAAUCAAUUGGAGAAUAAAGAAUUAGGAUCCGUUUUUACUUCAGAUGUUACCACAAAUAUCACUGCUACUACUACUACUACUAAUACUGCUACUGCUUCUACUACUACUACUAAUAAUCCUACUGCUACUACUACGAGUACUAUUACUAGUGUAAGUAUAAACAGUGGUACCAAAAAUAGUACUACUGCUUCUGACACAUGCAAUAAGAAUACUACUAUUCACAAGGAAGAUUUUGAUUUGAUGAAUGAAGAGUCAAUGAGAAUUGAAGAGGCCAGAUUAGAAACACCAGAUAUUGAAAUGAACGGUGACAAUGAUAUGAAUAAUAAUAAUAAUACUGAGGAAGAUAUCGAUGAACAAUAUUACAAUAUAACUGAUUGCAAUGAAAAUAGUUAACUAUAAUUAAUUGUUGAUUUUGAAAAGAACUAAUUCAAGUGACUUUUGAAAACCAUCGAAAGCUACAAAACCAC